GCUCAGAAAAACCCACCAGGAGCAACGCUGAUCCCCCAGGGUGGCUGAGAGAUCCCCCAAGGCUUCUUGGGAGCAGAAACUUCCCUUUCAAAGGUUUUGUGAACCUUAUUAAGCAGAGCCAGAGCUCUGGGAGCCACCUGCAGCACAGCAGAACUUCCCAGAGGAGGACAAGAUGUACAUUUAACUCUCUUUGCUUAAGUUACAUGAGGAAGUGAAAAUAUAAAAUAACUCUGCCAGCCUGGAUGCAGCAGCAGACAAGGCCUGGGGCUUCUUAAUUUGGCACCAAGAUCCCCCAGGAUCUGAUGGAUUAGAAGGGUCCAGUGCUUUCCCCUCCUUCCUUCCAGCAUGUGACUCUUCCCCCUACUAAACAAACUAAAGAAGCCAAACAGCUUCUGAUUUCUCCGUGGAAAAUUAACCCAAUGUAUUCCAUAAAUUACCUCAAUGUAUUCGAUAGAUGCUGCUGAGUUCAUGAGGGGUUUUCCAUUGAUGCUCAGUGCAGUAAUUAGCGCACAAGGGCAGUCACAUCGGUAACUGUGCAAGGCUGAACCUGAGCGGGAGCUGCCAUGGCCCACAGCCGCUCUCGGAAGCGGUCGCGGAGCAGGAGCAAGAGCCAUUCUCGGAGCAGGCAGGAGAGGAAGGAGAAGAAACGGAGGAAGAGCAGCAAGGACUCGCAGCAGGGCGGCAGCUCUCCGGUGAGGAAGAGGAUCUCUGGCUCUCACGGACACACCUCGAGCUCGGCAGCAGCCAGGGAAGAAAAGAAAAAGGAAGGAAAGGACAAGAAGAAGAGGAAGGCCAGUACCUCUUCCUUUGGGACAUCCUCGUCCACCAGCUCUUCCUCAUCCUCCUCUUCUUCCAGCUCUUCUUCUGAUGACUCCAGUGACAGUGACUCCAAAGUGAAGAAGAGUCAAGAGAGCAAAAAAAAGCAAGUGAAACAGAAAGAUAAAAAGAAGAGGAAGAAGAAGAAGAAAAAAAUUAAGAAGAAAUCAAAAAAGAAGGCAAAGGAGAGGGCUAAAGAGGAGAAAGCCAAGGGAGAGGAGGUGCCCGGCCCCUCGCUGGAGCAGUGGCAGAAGGAAUCAGUGGUGGACUCUGGGCCAGUUCUGACAGAUGAACAGAAAUCCCGGAUCCAGGCCAUGAAGCCAAUGACCAAGGAGGAGUGGGACGCGAGGCAGAGCGUCAUAAGGAGAGUGGUGGAUCCCGAAACGGGGAGAACCAGGCUCAUUAAGGGGGACGGGGAAGUCCUGGAAGAAAUCGUCAGCAAGGAGAGGCACAAGGAGAUUAACAAGCAAGCCACGCGUGGGGAUGGGCUGGCAUUCCAGGUGAGGACGGGGAUGCUGCAGUGAGGGCAGGCACCAGCCAGCCCAGGAGCCCGUCCUGCUGCCCCUGCCAGCCCGGGGAGCCUCUGCCUCUGGACCACGCAGACAGCACCGUGUCAAGAUGUUCCCCAGGGGCCCUUUCCAGCUGCUCUGUAAGUUACUGACUGGGAAGGAGAGUGACUUUAGUGGCUCAUCUCCCAGUAAACAGCUUCUCCCCUCCCUGUCCCAGCUCAGGCCAGUGUGGCUGUAAUGUACCUGAGCCAUUUGCCCCAGUGCUCCUCUGGAUACUGGAGGAGCUCAGCAGCACCCAGGGGACAGGCUCAAGGGUGCUGAGCACCUCAGGGUGCUCUGGGCUUUGUGGGGUAGGAGCCAACGCUGUGGCCAGGACAGGGUGUACCAAGGCCACGAACACGCAGCUGGCUGCCACUUCUUUCCUUCAGGGGCUGCCCAUGGCCCUUUCCCUGCUGGAUCUGGCUCACAGGCCUCUUGCACUCACUGGCCCUGCCCAGAGAGGAGUGGCUGUGGCUCUGCUCAGGCUGCAGCUCCUCUGCACCCCUGAGUGCCACCCUCCACUGUGCCCUGGGGCUUCUCCAGCCUUUCUGCAGCUUCACCUCCUCGGGUAGGGGAGCACUGACCUGGCACACGGCACUGGCAUCUGUGCAGGUGUGCUUUGUGGAGAGGUGGCUUUGCCUUGCUCUCUGCUCCUGCAUGCAACUCGUGUCCCUUCCCCACAGCGCAGCGCUGGGGCUCUGGGCUUCUCACGGCCCAGGGCUGCCGUGAAGCAAACACAGCAGCCUUUUCCCUUGCUGGAAAGUCCAUAAAUCUAUAAACUGUAAAAAAGAAAAGGAGAAAUGGGUUAAACAAAUGGGUCCUGCAGGACUGAUCUCCACAGAGGGUUUCCUCAUUCUGUUCAUGGCUGUAACUCCAUUAAACUGGCACCUGCUCACA